AUGGAGACUUUGUAUCGCGUCCCAUUCUUAGUGUUCGAAUGUCCCAACCUAAAGCUGAAGAAGCCGCCCUGGGUGCACAUGUCGUCGGCCAUGACGGUAUAUACCUUGGUGGUGGUCCACCGAGCCCGGCUGGUGGUGGUGUCUUACUUCCUCAUCACCGGAGGAAUAAUUUAUGAUGUUAUUGUUAAACCUCCAAGUGUUGGCUCUAUGACUGAUGAACAUGGGCAUCAGAGACCAGUAACUUUCUUGGCCUACAGAGUAAAUGGACAAUAUAUUAUGGAAGGACUUGCAUCCAGCUUCCUGUUUACAAUGGGAGGUUUGGGUUUCAUAAUCCUGUACCAAUCCAAUGUACCAAAUAUUCCAAAACGCAAUAGAUUUCUUCUUCUAUUCAUUGGAUUCAUCUGUGUCCUAUUGAGUUUUUUCGUGGUUAGAGUAUUCAUGAGGAUGAAACUGCCGGGCUAUCUGAUGGGUUAGAGUGCCUUUUGAGAAGAAAUCUAUGGAUACUGGAUUUGUUCCUGAUAAUGUAAUUUUAAAGGCUGUACCAAUCGUCUAAUAUGAAAUGUGGAAGAGAAUGAAGAGUAGCAGAAAACAAAAUAUCUAGCAAAAACAUAGGAAAUGUUUGAAAGCUUGGACUAGAAUUUCUUCUUGGUAUCAAAGAGACAAGUUUAUCACAGUAUUUUUUCCUGCUGACCUGUACUGUAGCAACAAUGUUAAGUGGCAUUUUCUUCUUAGUUUUUCAUAUCUUAAAGAAAAUAUACUCCAUAUCUAUAAUAUUGAAUAAAGUGAUUAUUU